GGUUGUCGAAUGUUUGAUUAGAAGUAAACAUAUAGUAAUUUUGCAUAUUGUUUACCAUGUAUCUCACUAAUCUGCCUCGUUAUGGUGAAUCCAUCAAACAUUUUAAAAAACGAAAUCAACAGUACCAACACAAUCAACCAUGCUUAAAAACUUCAUGACCAAAGCAUUUUCUCAAAAUAUUUUAUUAUUGUGAUACAGAAAUGAUGCGAAGUUUUUAUGAAGCGUUUGACGAUAAAAUUGUUUCUUGGAACUCAGGUGAAGAAAUCUUUCUCUUUCUGUGAUUAUUCGAGGCUCUAACCUUUUAAAAUGAUGUCAUUUAAUGAAGCACCGUCCAAGAGAAAAGCUCUUUCUGCCAGAAAAUCGGUCGACUGUCAUGAACUGAUUGGCGAUAAGGUGGACAAAUUAAACGAAUUACCCAAGUGUGCUGGUUCAGCCUCAAACUUAUCGACAAGAGCAAAACUUAUGCAGCAGAGGAAAUAUUUCGAUAGUUUAUUGGCUGAUCUUUGUCAAGCAUAUUAUAAAAUCAAUUGUAUCAGUGAUCAAAAGUCAUUUUUAAAUGCUUGUCAAGUCUUAGAAAAAUUGAGUAAGGUUAUCUCUGUAUUAACUACAGCACAAGAUAGUAAUAGUUGUCAUAUUGAUAAAACAUCCACGCAUCAUACAAUGCAUCUAAGCCUUAAAAAAGUUCAAUUUUAUCAUGAUGUAUUAAAAAGGCUUCUUGAAGAGAGGUGUUCAAUAGUUAUAAAUGAAGAAUGUAAUUUUUGUAUUACCCAAACACAAAAAAUGGUUUACGAUUUUAAACAACUUUACAGAGCUGAGAAGCUCAAAAUGAAAACAUUACCAGUUCAGUCCUUUAAUCGAUUUAUUGAUAGUACCGAUAUUAGCAUAUCCUUCUUAGAGAGUUUAUUGAAACGAAUUCAAAUAAUAUGUGAUUUACAUCUCUCUCUGAAAAGUAAUUACCUAAAAAUGACAAAUAUAUCACGUGUAGGCUUUGACUUAGAGCUUUAUCAAACAUUAUUAAAGACUAUAAAGAUUUUACAUAACUUAAAAUCAAAUCUAUUCUAUUGGGCAGAAAAAAAUGUCAAUAUAUUUUUAAAAAAACUAUGCUUAGCUGACUCAAAUUUUAUAUCACCUGAGUUUUUACAAAACGUACUGAAAAUAUGCGAUGAGUUCAGCUCAAUAAUGAAAAAAGAUAGGAAGCAGGUAACUUCUGAAUUUUCAAGAGAUGAACACUUCUCUAGUACUGUAAUGUAUGAGCAUGAAACACGAAGUCUCAUUUUGCAAUAUUUAUCUCAUUUUGAAGCUAAAGUAGCAUCAGAACGAAUUGUACAUUUUUUGAUAUCUGAGUGUAAACGAGAUAAGCAAAAAUUAAGGAAAAAACCUGUAUGUGAAGACAUUGCUCAAAAUUGUAGCAGUACCUCUGAUUACUGCAGUGCAAAUGCAAGUGACUUAGGAACUGAACAGUCAUUACCAUCAAUUUUCGAUGCAUCCACAAAUUUUUGUUGUUUGUUGGGUUCUUUGAUACAACGAAGCCAAACAUUAGUUUUGAAAUAUUUAUAUUCUAUUACAAAAUUAAAAUCUGUAUCUUUGAAAAAUGAAAGAAAUGUUCCUGUCCAUAUGGGUGAAAUAAGUAUCUCAAAACCUAUUCGUCAUUCCUGGUUAGUGCCUCAAAUCAAUCUUGAUGAUGGUAGUUAUACAUUUCUUGAAGAUAAAUAUUGGAUGCAAUUUUGGAAUAAAUUGCAAUCAUUUGUAAUAAGAUCUCUUUCUGAAGUACCUUACCACCAAUAUGGAGGUCCUACAGCUGGAUCUGUAUUUUUAUGGCCAGAUUCAUAUCUUUGUAAAGUGUCAGAAAUUUUGAAAAUAGCUUUGACAAAUGAAGAUAUUUUACCUGAAGGUCGAGGUACAAUAAAAGAAAUAUACAAUUUUAUUCUUAUAUAUUCUGUGCAGAUGCUAUGGGACAAAAAAUUUUCAUCUACAAUAUCAGCAAUGCAUCUUUAUCUCUGCAUUCCAGUGCCAACUGUUUCAAAUGGAGCUAGAACUUAUCCUGGAAAUUUGUUUUGUAACUGUGUUGAACUGUUGAUUCAAUUAUUUCUGAAUACUAUUCAUUGUUCAAAAUCUCUUUCAUGUUUAAAAUCUGUACAACAACUCCAAGCCACUCUUGAUUCCUUCAUUUUGUGGAUGACCACCAAAACAAGAGCUCUUGUCUCUAAUAACAACUUGCCUGCUUAUUUACUCAUUUGCUGCUUUGAUUGCAAAUGGGCUUUAAGUAUUCUUAAAAAUAUAUCAUUUCAAUCAGGGGCUGAUGUACUUGAAGAAAUGCAAGUGUUUAAGUCAGCUAAUAAAAAACUAAGCAGCAUUAUUUCCAAGCAGAUUGAAUUUUUUGAAGGUUGGUUGCAAGAUGCUUCAAACCUUAUGUAUUGUAUAAUUUUUACCCAUGUAAAGAAAUGUCUUUGUUAUGCAUUGGAAUCAAAGUUUUUAUGGAAAAAGGUAUUUAAAGAUAAUUUGCAUUUGAAGCAAUCUGAAUUUUCUGCUGUUCAUCAAAUUUUAAUUCCUUUAACCGAGAUUGCCAACAAGUGCAAUUUUAAACCUGUAGUUUCGUCAGUUGUGUCUGCAGUUUCACAAGCUUUCUUGUUUAUUCUAAACAGAUUGAAAAGAAAAAUUAGUACAAGACACAUUCAAAUUCUUAUUGAGAACUUUAGGGAAUUUUUCAAGUGGUUUUCUGGCCUGAAACUGAAACACAUUGAGAGAAAAGAAAUUGAAAGAAUUCAUUCUUAUAAGAAAGUAUGCUGUAUCAUGAAGCUCCUGGAAACUACAAAUGCAGAACAACAGCAUUGUAUAUUUUCUAGAAAUCGUAUCUCACCAAUGCAACUUGCAGAAAUGGGUCCAUCAGAAGAUAUAACUCUAAGUGACCAGGAGAGAAUGUAUUGGCGAACUGUAAAUAGAGCUGUGUGUUUGUGUUGUUGACCAAUAUCAAUAAAAUUUUAUAUUAAUUGAAAACUUG